GCAAAAAGAAGUUGAAACUUUUAGUUUGUUGUUUGGCUUUGCUAUAUGGUGAAAAUGAUUGUAUUGACAGUGACACAUGCAGCUGCUUCAUUAAUUUUCAUGGCGAAGACUUUAUGGAUUUUUCUCUCCCUUAAUGUUUAUUCCAAGUACUGCAGAAUGACAGUUUGUCUUUGUUAUUACAACUAUCGCAGUGUUAGACAGCUCUUGUUAAUGAUAAAUUAGAAGAGUGAAAUUCUCUUGUAUCUUAAACAAGUAAAGUUUCAUCAUAAUUUGUUUUUUUGUAUAAAGCCAAAUAGGAGGUGAUCAUUAUUAGAAUACAGAGUAUACUGAUACUCGAAGAAUUUGCCACAAUGCGAAGCUUGUCGAUUUUGAAUCUGGCUUCCACUAAAAGGACUUGACAGUUUCAACUUUCAAGCCUGUGGGAUCCAUUAUCCACCCAAAGGGCCUAACCACCACUACGCACGAAUUGGUGGCUUGAGUACCGGUAAAGGCCGCACUAAAUUAUUAGGUCAAAUCCCCAUUUGCUAACAAAUAUCACAUUGGAAUUAUACUACCAGUUCUUAUCAGCUUCUUGGGUUCUGAACUACGAACUUUUAAGCUGUCCUUUGUUUCUACUCCUUGGUACUAGUGUUUGACAAACCCAAGGUUUCUCAGAAGAAUCCUCAUGGAAGUUAAGAACAUGUUCAACCAGUUUUAGUCAGUUCUGAUGUCUUAAAUUAUAUUUUAAAUUUGGUUUAUGUUGUGAGAAGCACCAAAAAGAAAAAAAAGUGAACUGUACUAACUUUGUUGUGAAGUUACAGCAGAAGAUUCAAAGAGAAUUCUUCCCCACUUUUCCCCUUUUCUUUCCACUUUCCUUUUCUUGCAUGCGACUAUUGAGGAUUCUCAUUCUUUCAAUCUGUCUCAAGAGUUCCUCUCUUUCCAAAUGCAAAUCUUCUGAAGCUGAAUGCUCAUAUGGGUUUAUAUCUUACAUAUUCUUUUGAACGAUGGGAAUGUGUUGUGAUCUUGAAGUAGAUGUCAAUGGUGAAGCAACUUUUCUGGUGGACAAGAGAAUCAUUCUUUCUUUCACAGGCAGGCUAAGGAAGUUAACAAGAUCAAACACAGAUUUAACAAGGAGUCUGAAAAUUGUCUUACAUGGCUUUCCAGGAGGUCCUCAAGGCUUUGAACAAGUUGCAAAGUUUUGCUACAAUGGUGGAAAAGUUGAAAUCACUCCAUCUAAUAUAGUCCUUCUUCACUAUGCAGCCAAUUUCUUGGAGCUGGAAUGUCCUAAUGAUUCUGCAGAAACCCAGUUAAUAGCUGAAACCAAAAAAUCCCUUCAAGGGCUGAACUUUUGGAGCUGGUCUGAGCUUUUGUUAGCGUUGAAACAGUACCAAAUUUGUGCUUCAAUCAGGAAAGAUUCAUUUUUGGUUCAAAAACUCUUGGAUUCUCUCAUAGGCAGGCUUGGUUUUACUAGUUAUGAAAGUACAUGUUCAUCUUUUUCUACAAGCUCGAGUUUUCAUUCUUCCGAUACAAGAAGCCAUGAUAGUUCCACCAGCAAGUUCACUAGAACAACUUGGUGGUUUCAAGAUUUGGUGUUCUUGCAUAUUGACAUGAUCCAAAAACUAACAAAAAUGAUGAUUUCUCGGAAUCUUGACCACAAGAUAAUCAGCAAGUUUCUCUUUUUCUAUAGAAAAUCAAGAUCUCGCCAUUCUGAACUAGUUCAACAGCAGAGAAUCACCGAGCGAGUUAUUGAUUUGCUCCGUUUGCUUGAUCACCAGAAUUCUUUUUCUUGUGAAGGUUUGUUUGAUAUGUAUCAAGCAGCACUGAGCUUGAAGAUAAGCAGAAGAUCUAAACAUAAACUAGAGGUUUUGAUGGGUUCACAGUUGGAUCAAUUGACAGUGAGCCAUUUGCUUAUUCCUGCUCCCUAUGGAAAGGAUUAUGUGUAUGAUGUGAAUUUGGUCCUAAGGCUUUUAAAGUUCUUCCAGAUUGAAUCAAAAAUAUUCUUGUCCCAGCUUUGUAAAUUUGAGAAAGUUGCUAGAUUGAUGGAUUCUUACCUGAUGGAAGUAGCUCCAGAUUCACAUCUGAAGGCCUCCAAGUUUAGUGCUUUAGUCAUGGCAAUGCCACAUUCAAGAGAAACUCAUGACAAACUUUAUCAAGCAAUUGAUAUGUACUUUCAGGUUCAUGUUGAAUUAUGUGAAGAUGAAAAGAUCAGAAUCUGUUGUGCACUGAACUACAGCAAGCUAUCUACUGAAACUUUGAAGCAUUUGGCACAAAACCCAAAAUUUCCUUGUAGAAGAGCAGUCAAAUCUCUGAUUUCCAAGCAAUAUAACCCCAUAGAUUUGUUCUGUCACACUAUGAUCAAUAAAGUUUUAAGAGACUCUCCUUUUGCCUGCACUGCUAAUGGAAAUGCAGGUAAGAAAAGAGAUGAAAGCCAUGAAUCCAAAGGUCAUAGCAGCAGAGAAAAAUCAAAACGUGUGUUCUAAUUGAGCUAAUUAAUGGUUGUGAUCACUUAAUUUUCAAGUUGUAACAUAUGAGGGAUAGAAGAAUUCAAAUGAUUCUUUUGAUCUAUGUAGCCUAGAGAUAUGAGAAGAAAGUAUUAUGUUUGGGAAGGUUUCUAAGUCAUAGUGGUUCAAAAUACUUUUAAUGUAAAAUAUUUAUGUUUUAGAUUUAAUUCAGGUUAUGUUAGAUCUUCAUGUUCUACAA